CCCCAGGGUGGGUCGGGGCGGGCCGCCUCCUCCUCCUUCUCCUCCUCCUCCUCGCCUCAGGGCCGCUGUCCCCGCCGCCCCCUUUCUCCCCCCCGAGGCGACGAGGAGCCAAAAAUCAGGCAAAAUGAGGCAAAAAGGGGUGAUUUCGGGUGCCUCGGCGCUGCCCCGCCAGGCUGCACGCUGAGGUGGGUGCUGUCAGUUGAAGGAAUGAGUGCCAUGAGAAAAUCAGAAUGGAUUUCAGUCACCUGUCCUCUGUUCUCGCGUUCCUACUCAGAAAUGGCCUUUACUAUCCACGUCCUGUCCCAGCAGGGAUGGCAUAUCUGAAUUUGGAAUCACCUUCACCUGAAUAUCCUAGGGCUACAGAAUGGAAACAGUGAUCUUUGGAGUUUACAACUGUUACCUGUGUCAAAGAAACAGAGACUAAAAAUGAGUGUAAGAGCAGAGAAUACCUGCAGCCAUCACAGGGUGCGAGGACAUGAAAAAGACCCAACAGCAGCAAAUAAGAAGAUGUGAGCUAUGCUAUGCUCACAGUGGAAUCAUUAGGAAUUUUACCAUGAGAACAGAACGGAGUUGUUCUUUCAGCAUUUCAGUACCCAUCACCAUAUUAUCUAGGCGCCACCAUAAGAUUAAGAAGCUCUGUAGUGACAUUCUCAACAUGAUCUGCUCAGAGGUCAUUAGCAGCGCCUUUCAUACUGGCAAGGAUCGGAGGAGAGCAAGGAAGUGCGCAGCAGCAGGAGAGAAAAAGGAAAAGAGGCGAAAAGUUAUUUCGUCAGCUUUUGCUGUUGCUAGCCUGGCCCCGGCUCAAGAUGGACCUGGCUUCCCUGCACAGCUGCUUGCUCACACGGAGUACUCAGACUUUCAAAAAAUCCAUCAAGGGAACAGGAAUCUAACCUUUUUAGGGCACCCUGACAAGUGUCAGGAGUUCCCAGGAAUAGAUAUCAGUGAUACAUUAAGGAAAUUUUUUAAAAGAGGAGAACGAUUCAGAGGACCUGAAGAUGGGGCCAGAUACAGCCGCAAGGCAAGAGAAGAGUGGAGCUGGACUCUAUUUGCUCUCAGAACUUCUUCGCCCGACUCCCUGCACGUGGUUUGUCAGCGCGGGAAGAGGCUACAAGAAUGGAUCUCUGUCAUCUUAUGCUUCUCUCUGAUCUGUUUCAAUUUUUACAAUCUUCUCUUCUACUUGCGACUGGAACACACGCCCUCCAUUAUUGUUGGGAUAUUUGCAGGAGUUAUUACUGCUGACUUCCUAUCAGGAUUAUUUCACUGGGGAGCAGAUACCUGGGGAUCUGUGGAGCUACCAAUAGUCGGAAAGGCUUUCAUUAGACCCUUCAGAGAACAUCAUAUUGACCCUACAGCAAUUACCAGGCAUGAUUUCAUAGAGACCAACGGAGACAACUGCUUUAUGACGCUAGUCCCAUUGGCAAACAUGGCAUACAAAUUUGUUUCUUUUUCCCCAGAAGCAUUAUAUGAAACAUGUCCUUGGGAGUGUUAUGUCUUUGCCCUCAUCAUCUUCAUCACCAUGACGAACCAGAUUCACAAGUGGUCUCACACGUACUUUGGUCUUCCACGCUGGGUCAUAUUUCUACAGGACUGGCAUAUUAUCCUGCCACGGAAACACCACAGGAUCCACCAUGUGUCGCCUCAUGAGACGUACUUCUGCAUUACAACCGGUUGGCUGAACUAUCCGUUAGAGAAGAUAGGAUUCUGGAGAUGUUUGGAGAACAUUAUCCAAGGACUUACGGGGGAGAAGCCAAGAGCAGAUGACAUGAAAUGGGCUCAGAAAAUUAAAUGACUUUUGCCAGCCUUCUGCAGUCCUUAUCUUUGUUGCCAAUGUUUUUUGUUUUUUUUAAAAGCCAUCAGCCAAACUCAAGACCUGCAAAGAAAUAAGACUCUAAAGCACAAACUAAAAAGUGCUAACAGACUGUAAUUAAAAGAACUAAUUCUUAAAACAAUACUUGAAAUGAAGAUGAUUACUCUUACUGAGCACCUUUGUUUAGCCAUGUCGCUUACAUCUUAGAAAAUACUUCAUCACUGUAUUUCAUAAAGCUGUCAGGCAAGCCAGAAGGCAAGACAGUCACUCCAUUGGUACGUGGUGGCAUUGUAAACGUGUUGUAUCAACAUUAUUUAACACUUCAGAAAUAGCUUGUUGCCUAAGACCUAUGGGAGAAUGGUGACAACAGUUUGUCACUUCAUGUUUGAGUCCAAAUACACUGCAUGAAAACAGUGUGUCAGUACUGGAAGCCUAUAAAACCAUCACUGUUCAAUGCACUUAGUGUUUGGCAACCUUAUAGUUUCAUCUUCACUAGUAAGUAAAACUAACUGAUGUAAUGUGGAACAGACUUUGAGAAUCCCACUCCACCAGUGGGCCACGAAUCCUCAAGUGUCUUCAGUUUCCCUUAAUGUAAAAUUAUUCUACUCUCUACGUGGAAUUGAGCAAACCGUUUCUGCAUAAGCCUUCAACUGUACCUUAAGAAGCCUCUGCAGAGGGGGAGGGCACCCAGUACAACACUUGCUCGCAUUUGUUUGUGUGGAGUGCUCACUGAUGAGCUUUCUAUUAAGUGUUUCCUACCCUGACAAUAAAUGUUUAAAAUAGUUAUAGCAUUGGGCACAUUGCAAAUAGCUGUAUUCAAGAGCUCAAGGUAUCAAACUUGUAAUGUUAGAAGGGAAAUGUCAAUGACUGGUGUUUUGUUCUUUUUUUUUUUUUUAAGGUGCUUGCUUGUUUCUGUAAAUAAUAUAAAGCCUUAAUCUCUUCUGGUGUAAUGGAAUAAUAUUUUAAUGUGAUGUUUGAAUGUAUAUAAUAUAUUUAUAACAAAGCAGUUGGAUAAUACUAA